GCGGCGGCGCGGGCAGCUGGCGCCGCGCGGUCCAGCUCGGCCGGGCGCACGGACGCACCGCCGAGCCGACGGCCGGAGGGACGGGGCGCAGGCGCUGGGCCGGCGGGCAGCGAGCGCGAGCCAGAGCCGCGCUCAGUGAGUCGGGCGCCCGCGGCUGCCAGACUCCCGAGUGGCGCCCUCCCGCCGGGGCCAGAACCGGGCCAUGGGGGGCAGCAUGCUGGCGCGCGCCGCCUGAGGACGUCGUAACACCCGCCCCAGCCAUGGGCGCCCCGGCGUGCGCCCUCGCGUUCUUUGUGGCCGUGGCAGUCGCGAUGACCGGCGCCGUCUCCGGGUCCCCGGGCAUGGAGCAGCGCGUCGUGCGGAGAGCAGCAGAGGUCCCGGGCCCUGAGCCUGGCCACCAGGAGCUGGUCUUUGGAAGCGGGGACACCGUGGAGCUGAGCUGCCCCUUGCCCUUGGGGGCUCCCUCAGGGCCCACGGUCUGGGUGAAGGACGGCGUGGCGCUGGCGCCCUCAGACCGCAUCCUGGUGGGGCCGCGGCGGCUGCAGGUGUUCAACGCCUCCCACGAGGACGCCGGGGCCUACAGCUGCCGCCAGCGCCCCUCGCAGAGCGUCCUGUGCCGCUUCGCCGUGCGCGUGACAGACGCUCCGUCCUCGGGAGACGACGAAGAGGGGGAGGACGAGGCUGAAGACACAGCCGGGGCCCCUUACUGGACGCGGCCCGAGCGGAUGGACAAGAAGCUGCUGGCGGUGCCGGCGGCCAACACGGUUCGCUUCCGCUGCCCAGCCGCCGGCAACCCCACCCCGUCCAUCUCCUGGCUGAAGAACGGCAAGGAGUUCCGAGGCGAGCACCGCAUCGGGGGCAUCAAGCUGCGGCACCAGCAGUGGAGCCUGGUCAUGGAGAGCGUGGUGCCUUCGGACCGCGGCAACUACACGUGCGUCGUGGAGAACAAGUUCGGCAGCAUCCGGCAGACGUACACCCUGGACGUGCUGGAGCGCUCCCCGCACCGGCCCAUCCUGCAGGCGGGGCUGCCCGCCAACCAGACGGCGGUGCUGGGCAGCGACGUGGAAUUCCACUGCAAGGUGUACAGCGACGCGCAGCCCCACAUCCAGUGGCUCAAGCACGUGGAGGUGAACGGCAGCAAAGUGGGGCCCGACGGCACGCCCUACGUCACGGUGCUCAAGUCGUGGAUCAGUGAGAGUGUGGAGGCUGACGCGCGCCUCCGCCUGGCCAAUGUGUCCGAGCGCGACGGGGGCGAGUACCUCUGUCGAGCCUCCAAUUUCAUAGGCGUGGCUGAGAAGGCCUUUUGGCUGCGUGUUCACGGGCCCCAAGCAGCUGAGGAGGAGCUGGUGGAGGCUGGUGAGGCUGGCAGUGUGUAUGCAGGUGUCCUCAGCUACGGGGUGGGCUUCCUCCUCUUCAUCCUGGUGGUGGCCGCUGUGACCCUCUGCCGCCUGCGCAGCCCCCCCAAGAAGGGCCUGGGCUCGCCCACCGUGCACAAGGUCUCCCGCUUCCCGCUCAAGCGACAGGUGUCCUUGGAGUCCAGCUCGUCCAUGAGCUCCAACACGCCGCUGGUGCGGAUCGCCCGGCUGUCCUCGGGGGAGGGCCCCGCGCUGGCCAACGUCUCUGAGCUCGAGCUGCCCGCCGACCCCAAAUGGGAGCUGUCCCGGGCCCGGCUGACUCUGGGCAAGCCUCUCGGGGAGGGCUGCUUCGGCCAGGUGGUCAUGGCGGAGGCCAUCGGCAUCGACAAGGACCGGGCUGCCAAGCCCGUCACGGUGGCGGUGAAGAUGCUGAAAGAUGACGCCACGGAUAAGGACCUGUCGGACCUGGUGUCCGAGAUGGAGAUGAUGAAGAUGAUCGGGAAACACAAGAACAUCAUCAACCUGCUGGGCGCCUGCACGCAGGGCGGGCCCCUGUACGUGCUGGUGGAGUACGCGGCCAAGGGCAACCUGCGGGAGUACCUGCGGGCGCGGCGGCCCCCGGGCACGGACUACUCCUUCGACACUUGCCGGCUGCCCGAGGAGCAGCUCACCUUCAAGGACCUGGUCUCCUGCGCCUACCAGGUGGCGCGGGGCAUGGAGUACCUCGCCUCGCAGAAGUGCAUCCACAGGGACCUGGCCGCCCGCAACGUGCUGGUGACCGAGGACAACGUGAUGAAGAUCGCGGACUUCGGCCUGGCCCGCGACGUGCACAACCUCGACUACUACAAAAAGACCACCAACGGCCGCCUGCCCGUGAAGUGGAUGGCGCCCGAGGCCUUGUUUGACCGCGUCUACACCCAUCAGAGUGACGUCUGGUCCUUCGGGGUCCUGCUCUGGGAGAUCUUCACGCUGGGGGGCUCGCCGUACCCCGGCAUCCCCGUGGAGGAGCUCUUCAAGCUGCUGAAGGAAGGCCACCGCAUGGACAAGCCGGCCAACUGCACGCACGACCUGUACAUGAUCAUGCGCGAGUGCUGGCACGCCGUGCCCUCCCAGAGGCCCACCUUCAAGCAGCUGGUGGAAGACCUGGACCGCGUGCUCACCGUUACAUCCACCGACGAGUACCUCGACCUAUCGGUGCCCUUUGAGCAGUACUCGCCGGGCGGCCAGGACACCCCCAGCUCUGGCUCCUCAGGGGACGACUCCGUGUUCGCCCAUGACCUGCUGCCCCCGGCCCCACCAGGCAGCGGGGGCUCGCGGACGUGAAGGGCCACGGCUUGCGGGCCGAGCCCCCUUCAACGUGAGAGUGGACCCCAGCCCGCCGUGCUGCCGCUGGUGUGACCAACGCGUCUCACCGGCCUGGGCUCAAGACCUGGAACUGGUGGACAGAUGGACAGACAACUUCCG